AUGGAUUCCAAAGGUGGUAAUCCAUUUUUGAUGGAUGAUUAUCCAUCAGAACCGGUAUCGCAGCAGUCGAAUCCAUUCCUCCAAGACUUUGGCGCGGAGCCUGAAGCACCGGUGAGCAAUGACAAUCCAUUUUUCAACUUUACCGCUGAAGAAAACUACCAGCCUCCACCAGCUGACUCUACAAACCCGUUUGCAUUCUUUGAAGCACCUGCAGAAGCUCAGCCCCAAGAGUUUGUACCAGCGACAACCGCUGCUGAGGUACAAGAAGCGAAUCUUCUGGGUACAGACACUCAAAUAAACUUAUUCACAGACCCCGUUCAGCCGGAAGAGGAGGUAGAUUUUAUUUCGCAAAACGAAAAGGUCAAAGUUGAAUCAAGCAAUGAAAAGCCUACGCCAAAACGCCCACCACCGCCACCCAGACCCGUUCCACCCCCCGCACCACCUAGAAACACUAAAGAUUUAAUUCUCUCGGUUACUGGCGCAAUGGACGCGACUUCAAAUCAUUUGUUGGACCGCCUCCAAGCUACUCGAACACCCAGUCCUACGCUGAUGCACUCGCCAUCGCCAACGCCCGAGCACAGCUAUGCAGAUUUACUGGAUGUUGAUAACAAUAUUCCAGAUUUGAUGUCCGAUGAUAAUCAAUCAGCAGCCACUGGUCAAACGGAAAACAUCCUUGAUAUAUUUGAUGCUCCCCAAACUGAAAUGACCGCUGACUCCAUGUUCUCGGCACCUAAUAUGGACACCAGUGUCAGUCAACCUGCUACUGAUGUUUCUUCUUUUGGCGCCACAAUGGAUAAUCCGUUUGGCAUGGUUAAUGAACCCGUUGUUGACGUGAUGUCUUCUUAUGGGUCUGAAGCUGUUCCUGAAGAAACUCUGCAAGAAAAAAGACCAUCAGUUGACGUUUCUACGCCAUUUUCAGACAUAACUUCACCAGAAGCAGUAGAUGCUCCUGAUGCAUCGGUAAUUAUUGAACCCAAGUCGAAUUUCUUCUCCGUAGAUCAAUCUACAGUAUCAGAAAUGACCUCUGCACCUUUUUCAUCAGUCCAGUCUGGUUUAUUCAGUGCAGAACCGCUUUUCACUACUGCACCAAGCGAAGAAACUACUCAACAAGUGCCAACAAGUGCUGCAACGAAUAUCUUCGCGUCAGGUUUGCUCGAGGAUUAUGGAGAACAGCCUGAGAGUGUGGGAGAACUGAUAUCUUCUAGUCCAACACCAGCAUCCGAGUUUCCCAAUAGUGCUUACAAGCCAGAAGAACUGGAUAACUUUGCAGCGGCAACUGAGUCCAUUCGGAACACUUCUGACGCAUUUGAUGCAUUUGCCAGCAAAUUCGAUAAAGCUGCUGAACCAGAAGCUGCAGACCCGUUCAUGGACGCUUUCGGAUCUGGACAAACUGCCAUGGAUACGUCCAGCGAUGUCUGGGGUGACUCUUCAGCAGCUGGUUCUGAAGGAGCUAAUAUUGGAUUUGGUGAAAGUGAAGGAUUUGAUUCUUUUCUCAGCAUGACGGCUCCUCCUCAGGAAUCUGGGAGGAUGAAACGGAACGACUCCGCAGAUUCUGAUGAAGCUCCUGAUUUUAGUGUUUUUAUCAAGCCAAAGGAAGGCACUGAAGUCUUCAAUGAGGGUGGUCCUGUGCCUGUUUUGGCUCCACCACCAAAGAGUCCGAUAAAUUCAGCUUACAAUGACUCGUCGCCUAGGUUCAAUCCAUUUGACAAGUCAGCUGGGUUUACACAGGAGGCUGUUAUUCCUUCGGAGAUGCCCCAGGUUCCUGAGAUGACUAGAACGGAUUCUCAAGAAACUCCACCGACGCCAUUGUUCGAUGAAGAUGUCAGCCAACCACUUGAAGAGUUUCCUCGAGUCACGUACACAGGAGAUGGUUGGGAAAUGCACUUACGUCAACCGAAUAAAAAGAAGAUAACAGGACAAAGAUUCUGGAAAAAAAUAUUUGUAAGAUUAGUUUACCAAGGCGACGCUCCGGUUCUUCAGUUAUUUAAUAAGAAUGACGAUAAAGAUCCAUUUCAAGAACUACCGCUCCUAACAUGUUACUCAGUGUCUGACAUAGCAGCCCAGCAAUUCGAUCAAUACGGAAAAAUAUUUACAGUUAAGCUUCAGUAUAUAUUUUACAAAGAGCGCCCGGGGGUUAGGCCAGGACAAGUUACAAAAGCUGAGCGACUUACCAACAAAUUGAGCCAGUUCGCGGCUUAUGCUAUCCAGGGUGACUAUCAAGGUGUCAAAGAAUUCGGCAGUGACUUGAAGAAACUAGGUCUUCCCGUGGAACAUGCUCCCCAAAUUUCGCAGCUUUUUAAAUUGGGCUCGCUCAAUUAUGAAGAUCUUAAAACAUUUUCCUGUGCAAUUGAAGAAGCUCUCUUCAGGAUACCAGCACAGCGAGAACGUGCGCUGACCUACAAGAUGGAGGAAGUCCAGAUUAAUGUCGUAGACGAGCUAUAUGUCGAGCAGAACGCCUCCGGACAUGUAGACAAACAAAUAGCAAGGGUUCGGUUGUUUUUCCUGGGCUUUCUUACCGGGAUGCCGGAUGUCGAACUGGGCAUCAAUGAUAUGUGGCGCCAAGGAAAAGAAGUUGUCGGCAGGCAUGACAUCAUUCCAGUGGUGACUGAAGAGUGGAUCAGGCUGGAGAGCGUUGAGUACCAUUCCUGUGUUCAGCUAGACGAGUAUGAGAAGUCUAGAAUUAUUAAGUUCAAACCACCCGAUGCAUGCUAUAUUGAACUAAUGAGAUUCCGGGUAAGGCCACCGAAGAAUCGGGAGCUACCGCUUCAGCUAAAAGCUGUAAUGUGUGUUACAGGAAAUAAGGUUGAAUUGCGCGCUGAUAUUCUGGUUCCUGGAUUCGCAUCGCGAAAGCUUGGACAAAUACCUUGCGAAGACGUGAUGGUCCGAUUUCCGAUUCCCGAGUGCUGGAUUUAUUUGUUUCGAGUGGAAAAACAUUUUAGAUAUGGCUCAGUAAAGUCUGCUCACAGAAGAACGGGCAAAAUAAAAGGCAUUGAGAGAUUUUUAGGUGCUGUUGAUACUCUGGAGCCGCAAUUGAUGGAAGUAACAUCUGGGCAAGCUAAAUAUGAGCAUCAGCAUCGUGCUAUUGUUUGGAGAAUGCCUCGCUUACCUAAAGAAGGACAAGGUGCAUACACGACUCAUGGACUUGUUUGUCGCAUGUGCUUGACAUCUUAUGAUCAGAUACCUGAAAAGUUGACCGAGUAUGCGUAUGUUGAAUUUACAAUGCCAGCUACACAAGUGUCACACACAACAGCAAGAAGUGUCAGCUUGCAAAAUAGUGACAGUGAUAAUCCACCAGAAAAAUACGUGAGAAAUCUCUCGCGACAUGAAUACAGAGUUGGAAUUGAGCAUACACAAGGGGAAGGACCCGGUGCUUACCUAUCAGCAACCAAGAAAAUUCCAGAAAGUACUCCAGAGACUCAUGAAGAACCUUCACCUCAGCCAGUAGCAGCUGAGUCAGAUUCUGAUUCUUCAGAAUAA